UCGCAGAGAAAAACAACGUCAAAAGCCGCUCGGUGGACUUUACAGCAUUCCGUCGUCAUCCCUGUCCUUGCCUUCUUGCUAGAAAUGGAUCGAUCUCAAAUCCUCCUUCUAGGCUUACCAAUCUUUCUGUUUUGCUCAGACAUUCUAAAUCUCUUCACGACAUCACCACCUCCAAAACCAACUCCAAAUGAUCACCACAACAUCCAUAAAUUCCAAACAAAACCUCAACAAGUUCCUCAACAACAGCCUCUUCAAUUUCCCACACGGAAAUCAAGCACCAUUGGUAGAGGAUUAGGCAAUAUUGGGUUUGGCAACGUUAUUAACAUCAACUUCUGUGUUUCUUGUUCUUACAGGGGAACUGCUGUGACUAUGAAAAAUAUGCUGGAAUCAGAAUUUCCUGGGAUACAGGUUAUUUUGGCAAACCAUCCUGCUUCGCUUCCGAAGCGCCUACUCAGCAAAGUAGUUCCUGUUUUUCAGUUUGGAAUAAUUGGGAUAAUAAUGGCAGGCGAACAGAUUUUUCCAAGGUUAGGAUUUGCAGCUCCACCCCCGUGGUAUUAUUCACUGCGUGCAAACAGAUUUGGAAGUAUUGCUAGCACUUGGCUUUUUGGAAACUUUAUCCAAUCAUUCCUUCAGAGUUCUGGUGCUUUUGAAGUAUUUUGCAAUGGUGAAUUGGUUUUCUCCAAGUUGAUGGAGCAUCGGUUUCCUGGUGAAAUUGAGUUGAGGGAUGUUGUUGGCAAAAGACUUGCUAACAGUAUGAUGCAACUUUCUACUUCUACUCAUUCUUGAAGCUGACAAUAACAUGCGGCAUUGGUUUCCAGGUCUUCUGAAGGUCUGUUUUGUUUUGUCUUUAUGAACUUUUGGUAUCCCAUCCUCCUUUUAGACUCUAGAUGGCCUUCAGUGCUCUGUGAUGCUACAUUUGUACAAGUUCAAUAUCUUGGUGUAAGCCUAGCUAUGAUACUUUUCGACAAUUUUUGGUGCAUUGCCUUCUGUGGUCACGAGUUUGAUUUUC